AUGGGUAGCAUGGAUGAUUACCCUCGCAAACCAAUCCAACUGCAAAGCUCGAGGAAAUCGAAGCUUAGGAUCCUGCUACUAUUGGUUUCUACCAGCUUGCUCUCCAUCUACCUUUUCUCAGGCUCCUCCCUCAGCAUCGACCGGUCAACACACACCCCACGAAUCCAUCUCUGGUACUCGGAAGCACUCCUCCGAGAGCUCAACUCCACCCAGUCCAAACUGUCCAUCAGCCAAACCCAGGCUAGCGAGCUCUCCAGGCGGCUCGCCAUCUCUAAUGCUCUCUUGGAGACCCUCCUCGCCGAGCUCGGCCGAGCCAACCGCAACGACGCCCCGCGGGAGGACUUGGACGGAUGGCUAAACGAGCUCACCGGGGAGCUCAAGCUCGCCGCGGGGCCUCACAAGCUCCCACUCGGCCACUCCGCCAACAUCCGCUCCGACGAGCUCUACCCAAGUCUCGGCACCGCGUGCCGCCGCUUCCAGGAGGAUCUCGUCCGGUACAUGACCUACGAUGUCGGCAGCGAGUGCCCCUCCGACGACAACCUCGCCCAGCGAUUGUUGCUCAAAGGGUGCGAACCCCUGCCACGUCGCCGUUGCCACCCCAAGUCCCCCGUGGGCUACGUGGAGCCCACACCCUUCCCCGCCAGCCUCUGGACGAUCCCGCCAGACACCAGCGUCGUGUGGGACCCAUACACCUGCAAGAACUACACUUGCUUGGUCCAUCGGAGGCAGGAGAAGGGGAACUUCGACUGCAAGGACUGCUUCGACCUGGAGGGGCGAGAGAAGGGGCGGUGGCUCCGAAGAUACGGCGAGCUCGACUACGCGAUCGACGAGAUCCUGGGAACCAAGUCGCGGGGCACGAUCCGGAUCGGCCUGGACAUCGGUGGGGGCAGCGGGACGUUCGCGGCGAGGAUGAGGGAGCGCAACGUGACCGUCGUGACGAGCACCCUGAACUUCGAUGGGCCCUUCAACAACUUCAUCGCCUCGAGGGGGCUCCUCCCGGUGCACAUCAGCAUCGCCCACCGCCUCCCCUUCUUCGACAACACGCUCGAUAUUGUCCACUCCAUGCACGUCCUCAGCAACUGGAUCCCGGAUAUCGUGCUGGAGUUUGCGCUCUACGACAUCUACCGGGUGCUCAGGCCUGGAGGGCUCUUCUGGCUCGACCACUUCUUCUGCCUCCGGACGCAGCUCAAUGCCACGUAUGUUCCCAUGUUCGACCGGAUCGGGUUCAAUAAGCUCAGGUGGAAUGCUGGCCGAAAGCUGGAUAGGGGGAUUCAGAGGAAUGAGUGGUACCUCUCUGCUCUUUUGGAGAAACCCAUGACUUGA